CUUGAGUCUCUCCCAGCCAGUAUAAAAUCAACGUUACAACCAGCACAGCAGCAAGUUCAGUUGGGAAAAUGCGGUGCAUAACAUUGUUAACGGUCUUGGUUUUGGCCAUGCUGGCAGUCUACGUUAAUGCUGGCAAGGUGGUAAUUAACGGUGCCUGCGUGGACUGCAAUACACGUAAACCCGUUGAGGACAGCACUACUCUUAAGCCUUCCUCCAGUCAUUCACAUGAUCACCCCCACAGUGAUAAGGAUAAUAAAGACUCUAGCAAAGAUAGCGUACAGCAGAUCGAUGCUCAUGUUGGACGCUAUAUAAGACAACUGGGCAACCGUCAAGUGAUCUACACCAAUGACGGUCCUGGUAAUGGCGGCUGGUCAGGUGGUCGAGUGACUACAAUUGAUGGGAAUCGUUAUCCCGGCACCGUGGUACGCAAUGAUGGUUGCGUGGGUUGCAACAUACGUGGAUAGAUGACUCACAAACCAGAGACUUGUUGGACAUCUAAAUAUAGGUUAAUAAAUUGUUUUUGUUUUCAUUAUAAAGUUGAUAGCUUGGAUCAAAAAAUUGUUGAAUCUAAA